GACUACAAAAAUAAUUUUUUUGUAUUAUACGGAAAUAAAUUAAAAUAAAUUUUCUAUUCUCAAAAAUUAUAUUAAUAUAAAAAAAAUAAGUUGCUAGUUUUAUCUUUGUGAUUCAUCAAAUGUUUACCAAUUUAUUUGUUAUGCCUCUUGACGAACCUUUAAGAACAACGGAUGUUAAAAACAUUAAAGGUCGAAAAACAAAUCGUCAGUCAUAAGCUAACUUUCGUUUAUUGUACAAGGAAGUUUUACGUCGAAAGGAACAUUGGUCGCUUGAAUCUUGAAUCUGUAGAAGAAAAAACGAACGAAGGAUAUAUUCGUAUAAUAAAAUUACUCAAUUUGUUUAAAUUCUUUAAUUUUUGACAUUGAGGUGCAAUAUAUAUAUUUUCUUUCUGACAGUGCAUUUUCAAAUACCAUAAUACAAGCGACAGAUAACUUUACACCAAUAACGGUAUGUAUUUCUUUUCUGUGGACUAUUGUUAAAUCAAAAUACAUGCAACAAUUAAUUAAAGAUAUUUGCGGAUUUAUUUUGUAACAAUAUUUUAUUAUUAAUAAUCUUUAUAAAAUACUUUGAUCAAAAUUAUCUCAUAAAUUUAUAAAUAUUGCAUAUGUUUAGUUAGGAAUGAGUAUGAUAAAAAUAUAUAAAACUUUAAAUACAUAUUUGAUUAAAAUUGUUUUCUUAUUGUUAAGAUCAUAUCAUAAUUUUAUAUCGAUUAGUGUAAAAAGAAAUAUAAAAAUAAUCUCAAUUCAUCGAGUCGACAAUAAAUGAAACAUUUGAUGAAUCAGACAGUUUAUAAAACAAGUUAUUUACUUUGUGUGUGUGUGUGUAUGUGUAUGUCUGCGUGAAUAAAAUUGUUAUAUUUAUUAUAAUAGAAGUAAAAAAAUUUUAUAUAUUAUAAUUUGUAUUAUUAAGAAGUAGAUCGUGGAAUAGUUAAUUUCUUAUACAAAAAUAAAACGUUGAUCUUGUUUCUUGAUUUUUGAAAAACAUAAUGUACAUAUCACAAAACAUUUGAUGGUGAGUAAUUUUUGCCUCAAAGUUAUGACUUUGCUUUUCUAUUAAUUUAAAUAAAUAUUUCGAGUUAUACAUUUAUUGAGUGAUAUAUAUUUUAUUGUAAAAGUACCAAUGUUAUAACUAAUCAUACGUAAAUAUUUAAAAAAUUAUUUGAAAUAAUAAUUAAAAAUUGUUUCAGUUUUAUUGUGUUUCAAACAAGUAAAUAUUGAUACAAUUCUAGAAAGUAAAAAAACAUUCUAUCAAACAUGACGCUAAUGCCAAAAAUUUUUACUCAAAUUGAUGUGCGUUUGCCGAAAAUCGAGCAAAUUUGCAUAAGAUCAUUUAGAAAUUAUCCGACGGAAUAUAACACAAGGAAAAUGGAUAAAAAAAUGCCAUACCCGCGGCCGACCAAAGAUAUUCCUGGUCCAAAAGCAUUGCCUCUGAUUGGCAAUCAUUUUAGAUUUAUGCCUUUCAUAGGUGAAUAUUAUAACGUGAAUGUACUGACACUAAUGCGGAUGCUGCGUAAUAAAUACGGCAAUAUUGUUAAAUUAGACGGCUUAACACAAGUACAACCACAAAUCUUUUUAUUUUGUCCGGAAUUAUACAAGGAUAUGUAUCAGUGUCAAGGUAAAAUGCCAAUGCGAAUAGCUAUGGAGCCCUUGCAUCGCUAUCGCAUAAACAGAGAAAAUAUUUAUGGCAAACAGUAUGGUCUCGUAACAAGUCAAGGAGAAUUGUGGCAAGCGUUUCGAUCAAUAGUCAAUAAGCAAAUGAUGCAACUGCAAGUAAUCAAAUCGUAUGUUAUACCAAUCCAGGCGAUAGUCAGCGAGUUCGUAGAGACUUUACGAGUAUUGCGAGAUCCCAAAACUUUGCAAUUGCCAAAUGACUUCAUGAACGAAUUGCAUAAGUGGAGUUUAGAAUCAAUGUGUUCAAUUGCAUUGAAUUCUCGUCUGGGAUGCUUAAAGCCUAAUCUUGUCGAAAAUUCGGAACCACAAAUAAUGAUUAAUUGCGUAAGGGAAAUGUUCGACCUUAUAUACCGUUUAGAAAAUGUGCCAUCUCUAUGGAAACCGACCAAUACGAAGAAUUUCGAAAAACUGUGCGAAACGUUGGAUACAAUUAACGCAAUUUCCGAGAGAUAUAUUGAAUAUGCUAAGACGAAAUUUAAGACAGUAGAAAAUACAAAUCUAAAAGAUUGUAGCGUACUGAAGGGACUCUUGUGUGUCAAUAAACAAGUAGCUCAUGUAAUGGCUUUGGAUAUAAUAAUGAGCACUGAUACGAUCAGCAAUGCGGCUGGCGCUUUACUAUAUUAUAUCGCAAAUAAUGUGGAGAAACAGGAAAAAUUGCGAGAAGAAGUAAUGUCUGUGCUACCUAACAAAACAACGCCUAUUACAUAUAAUACGCUUCAGCAUGUACGAUAUACUAAAGCAUGUAUCAAAGAAUCCAUACGAUUGUUUCCUAUCGCUAGUGGCAUUCUAAGAACUAUGCAGAGAGAUGUUCUUAUAGGAGGAUACAUAAUACCAAAAGGAUCGAACGUUCUGGCUUGUCAUGGGCUGCUUUCGAUGGAUCCUAAGUAUUUUCCACGACCAGAGGAGUUUAUUCCCGAGAGGUGGUUACGGGAUAGACCCGAAUAUUCGUUAUACGGAAAAGUGCAUCCUUUUGUAUACAUGCCUUUCGGUUACGGCACUCGCACCUGUAUUGGACAAAGAUUUGCUGAGAUGAAUCUGCAAGUGUUGCUCUUGAAAAUCAUACGAAAUUUCCGGGUUGGAUGGCAUUAUGGAUCGCUUGAAUAUAAGAGUCAAAUUGUAAAUACGGUGACAUCGCCAUUACCAUUCAAACUCAUUGAUGUAUAGAUUAUACCAAAUCUUUUCAUAAUUUAGUUUCCGUUACCAUUUUAUAAAAUUCAUCAGGAUAUCGUGAAAACAUUGUUAGUACUGUUUUUUUGAAACAAUAUUUUAUCACAAACAUGUUGCAGGAAUAUAUUUUAUAUAUAUAUAUAUGAUGUAGUACAAACAGGAUGUCUGAGAUAUAACAUAUAUAAUAACCCAUCAAACGGAAAUGGAUUCAAAAUAUUUAAAAUGGAUGUUUAAAAAAAUCAAGAAUUUGGAUUCGGCAAUAACCACACAAAUCCAUUUUUAUAUUCAGGUAAAGUUUAAGAAUUAUUGAAUCUAUUUUAAUCCAUGAAAUAAGAUUGAAAUUACGGGAUUUCUAUUUUUUUCAAUCUAAAAAAGUUAUGCCGGCUAUAUGAUCCAUUUUAAUCCAUGAAACAUAAUCUAAAAGAAGUUUUCGCGGGUGUAUCUAAUUUAUUUUAAUUCAUGAUAUAGGAUUGAAAUGACAAUUAAUCGCUGUCUUUUAAUCCAAAAUAUAUUCAAAUGAAUUAAAAUGGAUUACAAAUUUUCAAUUCAUUUCCAUUUAUUGGGAAGUAUAAUGCCCCUCCUGGACAGAUAAAGCAGAUUAAAUUGAACAUAAAAGUCUUCUAUUUUUAGUUCUAUUAAAUUUUUAUUAAUUAAUAUUUCAUUAAUUAUUAAAAAAUUGUAAAAUAGUAGAAAGUUUUUCUAACCCACUUGUCCAUAAGAGGUAUUUUCACUUAUCAUUAGACAAUUUAUAUA